CUCACUCUCCUACUCCCGAACCAACAAAGAAUCUUCUUCUUCUUCUUCAUCUCCUUCUUCUUCCUCCCAUCUCUUUACCAUCUUCCAUUUUUCUAUUCCUCUCUCUCCUCUUUCUCUCUCUAGGAAAUGUCUGAGCUGUGUUGUACUCCCAAGUCCCAUUUUUCUACUCUCAUCAUUUCUGACUUGGCUCUCCUCUGCUCCUUCAUUCUCUCCCAUCCUCUCUACUUCUCCUACUUCAUUUUCUUCUCACCUUACAUCCUCAAACUCAUCUCCUUUCUCUCCCCUCUUCUCGCCACCACUUUUCUUCUUUCUCUCGCCUUUCUUACUGUUCUUGUUCACGACAACUUCUCCACUGCUCUCGAGAGAUCGCUGGGGUCCAAGAAAGAUUGUGAGAAUGAGGAGUUUCAGUGUUUUGAGGAUCUUGGCAUGUACCAAGUUCUGUUUGGCUCGUCCAUGGAUGUUGUAGAGGAAAGCCCACUUGAGGAAAAAUCAAUGGGAGACAGUGUGGUUGAGGGAUCAGAGGGUGGUGAUAAGGUAGAAAUAAAUACUUGUGAUGUUGCAAGGGAAGAGAAGAGAUUGGAGAAUUUCUUGAAGAUACUGGAUGAGUUUGAGCGAAUGGCGUCCAAUGUGGAAGAGAGGAAAAAAGUCGAGCCAUCAAAGAGCACGAAAAUCGAUAAAUUCGUGGAAAAGAGAAACGGAUCCGAGGCGAUAUGUGGUAGUAAAAUAAAUUUCGAUGCUACGAAAGUCGAUGGUAGCGACUCCAUUAGUGGCGGCAAAGAGCACAUUACUCCCAUGGUGAAGGCGCAUUCUCAGAGGGUCACGAGUCCCAAGUUCGAUCGUGCUGCGGAUGAGGAAAACGACAGCGAGAACAAGUUGAAAACGGAGAGUUCUCGGACGUUGGACCAUUGCAGUCUUGGGAGCUACGGGUCCAUGAGGAAGGAAAAGGAAUGGAAGAGGACAUUGGCAUGCAAGUUGUUCGAGGAGCGGCACAAUGUGGACGGGGGCGAUGGGAUGGACUCGUUGUGGGAGGCGUAUGAAUUGGAUUCCAAGAACAAGGCGAUGAACAAUGUCAAUAGGAAGAAAAACAAGAACAAGAACAAGAACAAGAAGGAAGAAAUUGUGGAAAUGUAUACCGAGGAGGAAGAAGAAGAGGUUGAUGGGCAGCUAUGUUGCUUGCAGGCCCUGAAAUUGUCGGCAGGGAAGAUGAAUUUGGGGAUGGGAAGGCCUAAUCUUGUCAAGAUCACAAAGGCCAUUAAAGGGAUUGGAUGGUUGCAUCAUGUCACCAAGCAUAGCAAGAAGGUGCAUAACAAUGGAGAUAGAUACUAGCUACUAGCUUAAUUAUUACCCUGCAGAGCAAAACCAAAAAAAAAAAAAAAUAGAAGAGAAAAAUCUGUAUUUUGUUUUUCAAGAACUUUGCUGUAAGAGGUAAAUAUUUACUAGUUGUGUAUGUUUUUCCAUGGUUUCAAGAUUUACCUACAGGCUGCUGCUUAUUUACAGUU